AGCCAAUCACAGCGUCCCGAGGCCCGAUGACGCACUCAUAUCAGUCAGCGACACCGCACCGACCUCGUCUUCUUCGGGAUGCUGCUCCUCUUCCUCUGCCUGGUGGUCUUCUCCUCAGCGGACCUCUCCGCGGAGACGCGCCGGACCCCCGAGGCGCCGGCGGAGAGCGGGGAGCAGUGCUCGGCCUGCGACCUCCGGGAGCACAGCAAGCAGAUGAGGCUCCACGGCAUCAAGUCCCAGAUCCUCAGCAUCCUGCGGCUGGAGCAGGCGCCCAACAUCAGCCGGGACGUGAUCCGCCAGCUGCUCCCCAAAGCGCCUCCUGUCACCCGGCUGCUGGAGCAGUACGACCCACGGGGGGGGGGAAAGGAGGAGGAGGAGGAGGACCACGCCACGACGGAGACCAUCAUCACCAUGGCCACCGAGCCGAAUCCCGAGGCCGAGCGGACCUCCUGCUGCCUCUUCAGCCUCAGCCCCAGGAUCCAGCCCCGAAACAUCCUGCGCGCUCAGCUGUGGGUUCACCUGCGGGCGGCCGACGUGGUCGCCGGCGUCUUCCUGCAGAUCUCCCGCCUCCAGGCGGGGGAGGAGGGGAACGCCACGCGGGUCCGGGUCCGCUCCCGGGAGGUCGGCGCCGGCUCCUGGCAGAGCGUGGACAUCAAGUCCCUGCUGCAGGUUUGGCUGCGUCAACCGGAGGCCGAGUACGGGAUCGCGAUCAGCGCCUACGCCUCCGACGGCACCGACCUGGCGGUGACCUCGGCCGGGCCCGGCGAGGACGGGCUGCAACCCUUCAUCGAGGUGAAGAUCCUCGACACCCCCAAAAGGUCCCGCCGGGACGCCGGCCUCAACUGCGACGAGGAGUCCGCGGAGACCCGCUGCUGCCGCUACCCGCUCACCGUGGACUUCGAGGAGUUCGGCUGGGACUGGAUCAUCGCCCCCAAGCGCUACCGGGCCAACUACUGCUCCGGGGAGUGCGAGUUCAUGCACCUGGAGCAGUACCCGCACGCGCACCUGGUGAACAAGGCCAGCCCGCGAGGCACGGUGGGGCCCUGCUGCACGCCCACCAAGAUGUCGCCCAUCAACAUGCUCUACUUCAACCGCAAGGAGCAGAUCAUCUACGGGAAGAUCCCAUCCAUGGUGGUCGACCACUGUGGCUGCUCCUGAGCCCCCGCGGGCCUCGCUUCGACCCCAUCGGUUUUAUCGAAAAGGCCAAGCUUCGUCACGGUUACGUCCCAUCUAUGAAAGAGAGGUCCAAAGUAUUCUCACGGGCAAGUGAUCCUUAAAUCUGUGCUUUCAUCCAACAGCAAACGUUUGGAUUGCAUCACACCAAACACCAAGAGAUCCCAGAGAUCCUCCGGUCUCCUGUGACAGCGUGUCCUGAUGUGAGCUUUGACCAGAGCAAACCCAGCAGGACGUCUUCCCCCUCCGCCUUUAUUAUGAAAAACAUGAACCGCCUGACUCGGCCUUCUCUGUCCCAAAGUAAACUCCUCACUGCGAACUGUUCUUUGGAUGAUUUAGUGAGUUGAUGAACCCCACGAGAGAAGGUCGAGAGACCUGUCAAUCAAGGCGCGUCUUAUCAAUACGCCUGGGAGUGCUUCAUGUAAUCGAACACAGCUCGUUGCAUCCUCUCCUCGAGGUCGAAAGGUCGCGUCGACAUUUCCAUUUUUCAACCCUCUGUACCGGUUAAUACAAAAAUCUUGUGUCUUUGUGUUGCCUUUGGGGAGCAACAAUGAAGCUUAGCGUGGCUCCAAACUCAAACUAUGACCCCAACUCUCCAUCCGUGCAGCAGGAGCUUUCAUGCAGAGGUUGUUUCUUAGAAUCGCCCCUCACUCCUCAGACAGCCUGAGACACUCUACAAAGCUUUGGAUCCAUCUGCUGGUUGCAUUGUGAGUGCAGGAGCUGCGUCCUCAGGGGGAGGUUGUGCAGAUGUCCUCGGUGUUGUUGUGCAUCCCGGGGCUUUCUGACCCAACAGUCUUUGUUUUGCUGUUGGAACAGAAAGUCCACGAGGGACACAGUUUCACGUUUGUGGUUCUGCAGCAAACAGAAUGUCAAACUAAUUGCAUGAUCAUUAGUUGGUUUUCCUACACAAAUUAGUUCUUAGUUUCAUCAGGCUUCUCUCUAUGAAAGUGAUUUUCUUUAGAUGCAAAUCUAUCCACCUGAGAAAAUGAAACAAGCAGAAUAUUGCACUUAAUGAUACUGCUCAUGUGGAUAGACUGCAUUGGAAAUGAUCAACGGUUGUUAAGAACACACCGCAUUAAACACAAAGAUGAUGUUUUAUCUCACUGGGAUCAUGAAAUGAUGGUGAAAUCAGCUUCUACGUCAGCCGUAACCCGUUCAAAGAUAACCAUCACAUAGAUAAGUAUACAUAAAUUGUAUUUAUUUCUGCCACCACGUGACCUGAAUGUGUAUUGUUUCCAGAUUGAGUUGGUGAGAACUUAAUGACAACUGUGUGCUUUAUACAUGCAUCUAAUGAGACAAGUUCCCCUCGCGCGUAGUGCUUUGUGUGUAUAUAAGUAACCAUUAAUGUACUACAAAUACUAUUUGAAAGCCCACAUCUGCAUAGAACUUGUCAAUUGAAGUAUAACUGCUAAUAUAUAUUUGCAUGAAUAACACACAUCUUAUCACGUGUUGGUGAGCAAACUAAAAGGCUUGGAUUUAUUUGUUGUUCAGAUUUUUGAAUAAUAUUUAGUUUAAUUUUUCUUGUGCCUCUGAAAAAAAUAUUCAUAUUUUUCCCACAAUUUUAAAAGAACUCAAACCUUUUCAUUGUCUUAAUGUCGUAGAAAGGUAACACAAUUUCCCCCCGAAAAACAGAUUUUUUAUAAUUGUUGAUUGUCCAAUUGCAUUAUUAUUUUGUAACUUGACUUUUGUGCAUAUAGGGAAUUUAAAAAAAUAUAUUAUUUGCAAUACGUUGUCAUGACUUAGGUUUCAGUUUCUAAGUUACUUUCCCUUUCUCUGAAAUCAUGUGAUCACUGCAGGCUCUUCUGGCCACUGGCGUUUCUCCCGCGGUAACUGAACUAUUUGGCUUUUAAAUAUACAAAUACUAUUUUUUCUGUGGUUACACACUCUCGUUAUGUAAAAGAAAUAAACAAUCGUUUUUACCUGA